UGGCAGAUGGCUACAUCCACACUCCAGAAACACUGCUUAUCUUUCUCUGAACACUCUACUCCUGACACCAUGUGCUACUAUAGUGGAUACUAUGGAGGUCUGGGCUAUGGCUAUGGAGGCCUAGGCUGUGGCUAUGGCUGUGGUUAUGGUGGCUAUGGUUAUGGCUGCUGCCGCCCACUGUGCUGUACAAGAUACUGGUCUUAUGGCUUCUACUGAGGACAUUAUGCAGAUACCCAGCCUUUCUAACCAGAAGGGCUUCCAAAUAUUUCAAAAGAGGAACUCAAAAAUGUCUUCAAAACUUCUAACUUUAGGACAAAACAUCGUGUUUUAUGUUGUCUUCACCAUACUCUGUGAGUGACAUCAAGUUUGACUUUUGACCUUAAAAAAAAAGAAAGAAAAACAGGAACAAGAAAACCUAUAUAGUAUCAAAUAACUAAAUGAAUAAAGUUUGCAAAAUAA